GGCGGAGUGUCCAUCAUCUGAUGUGGGUGAGUUCAAAGGGGUAAAGCUCUCUGGACAGUGCAUGCAAAGAAGAGGCAAAAAAAAAAAUAAUCAAGUGUUUGCCAAGACCCCGACGUAUCCUCAUCCAUCAUGGGGGAACUCUUUCGGAGUGAAGAAAUGACAUUGGCACAGCUGUUUCUACAGUCAGAGGCAGCAUAUUGCUGUGUCAGUGAGCUAGGAGAACUUGGCAUGGUCCAGUUUCGGGAUCUGAAUCCUGAUGUGAAUGUAUUCCAGCGUAAAUUUGUGAAUGAAGUCAGAAGGUGUGAAGAAAUGGAUCGAAAACUCAGGUUUGUCGAGAAAGAAAUCAAAAAAGCAAAUAUCCCAAUUAUGGACACUGGAGAGAAUCCAGAAGUUCCAUUCCCUCGUGACAUGAUUGACCUGGAGGCAACUUUUGAGAAGCUAGAAAAUGAACUCAAAGAGAUUAACACAAAUCAGGAAGCCCUGAAGAGAAAUUUCUUGGAGCUGGCAGAGUUGAAACACAUACUGCGUGGCACACAGCAGUUCUUUGAUGAGGCUGAAUUGCAUCAUCAGCAGAUGUCGGAUCCAGAGUUGUUGGAAGAGUCGUCUACAUUGCUGGAGCCAAGUGAAAUGGGACGAGGUGCACCUCUUCGACUUGGUUUUGUAGCUGGUGUAAUAAACAGAGAACGAAUACCUACAUUUGAGCGAAUGCUGUGGAGAGUGUGUCGAGGAAAUGUAUUCCUACGGCAGGCAGAAAUUGAGAAUCCUUUAGAGGACCCAGUGACAGGAGAUCACGUGAAGAAAUCUGUGUUUAUUAUCUUCUUUCAAGGUGACCAGUUAAAGAAUAGAGUAAAAAAAAUUUGUGAAGGAUUCAGAGCUUCCCUUUAUCCUUGCCCUGAGACCCCACAAGAAAGGAAAGAAAUGCACGCUGGAGUUAACACCAGAAUUGAUGAUCUUCAGAUGGUGCUUAAUCAAACUGAGGAUCAUCGCCAGAGGGUCUUGCAGGCAGCAGCCAAAAGUAUCCGUGUGUGGUUUAUCAAAGUACGCAAAAUGAAGGCCAUAUACCACACACUGAACCUCUGCAACAUAGAUGUCACUCAGAAGUGCUUGAUUGCUGAAGUUUGGUGCCCAGUGGCAGAUUUGGAUUCCAUUCAGUUUGCUCUCCGAAGGGGAACUGAGCACAGUGGUUCUACUGUCCCUUCCAUCUUAAACAGGAUGCAGACAAGCCAGACCCCACCAACCUAUAACAAAACCAAUAAGUUUACAUAUGGCUUUCAGAGUAUUGUUGACGCUUACGGCAUUGGUACUUACAGAGAAAUUAACCCAGCUCCCUACACAAUUAUAACAUUCCCCUUCCUUUUUGCUGUAAUGUUUGGUGAUUUGGGUCAUGGAUUACUGAUGAUGCUGUUUGCGGUGUGGCUUAUAGUUCGAGAAAGUCGCAUUCUUUCACAGAAAAAUGAUAAUGAGAUGUUCAACACCAUUUUUAGUGGCCGGUAUAUUAUUUUGUUGAUGGGCAUUUUCUCAGUAUAUACAGGAUUCAUUUAUAAUGACUGCUUUUCCAAAGCACUCAAUUUUUUUGGAUCAUCUUGGAGUGUCCGUCCAAUGUUCAUAAAAGGAAACUGGUCGGAUGCUACUGUUCGAGGUAACGGUCUGCUGCAGGUCGACCCAGCGAUACCAGGUGUCUUCAAUGGACCAUAUCCCUUUGGCAUAGAUCCUAUUUGGAGCCUCGCUUCCAACAAACUGAACUUUCUCAACUCAUUCAAAAUGAAAAUGUCUGUUAUUCUUGGCAUCAUCCACAUGAUUUUUGGUGUUACCCUCAGCCUUCUUAAUCACAUUUAUUUCAGGAAACCACUGAACAUUUACCUUGGAUUCAUUCCAGAAAUGAUUUUCAUGGUCUGUCUCUUUGGCUAUCUGGUUAUACUGAUCCUUUACAAAUGGUGUGCCUAUGAUGCUGCAGUGUCGAAGGAUGCACCAAGCCUCCUCAUCCAUUUCAUUAAUAUGUUCCUAUUCAGUUAUGAUGAUCCAAACAAUAAGAUGCUUUAUAAAGGACAGCAAGGACUUCAGACCUUUUUAGUUAUUUUAGCACUGCUGUGUGUUCCAUGGAUGCUAAUUAUCAAGCCCUUAAUCCUGAGGCAAAACUAUUUGAGAAGAAAGCAUUUGGGAACUCACAACUUUGGUGGGAUCAGGGUGGGAAAUGGACCAACUGAAGAGGAUGCAGAGAUCAUACAGCAUGACCAGCUGUCAACACAUUCAGAGGACACUGAUGAACCUGCUGAGGAUGAAGUGUUUGACUUUGGCGACACAGUAGUACACCAAGCUAUCCACACAAUUGAGUACUGCUUGGGCUGCAUCUCUAACACAGCCUCUUACCUGCGAUUGUGGGCUCUCAGUCUUGCUCAUGCCCAGCUGUCAGAAGUUCUUUGGACCAUGGUUAUGCAUAUUGGUUUCCACAUCGCAAGCUUUGGCGGGGCAUUUGUACUAGUCUUUGUUUUUGCUGCAUUUGCUACAUUGACCAUUGCUAUAUUGCUGAUCAUGGAAGGGCUUUCAGCUUUUCUACAUGCCAUCCGUUUGCAUUGGGUCGAGUUCCAGAACAAGUUCUACAGUGGCAAUGGAUUUAAGUUUGUUCCCUUCUCAUUUGUAAGCAUCCUUGAAGGAAGAUUUGAAGAGUGAAGUCCGUAACUUAACCAGCCUGAAGCAGUGGAUUGUGUUUUGCACUGUACUGUGCCCCUUUUUGUUCAGAAUAUUACUGCACCUGCUUGUGUUGAAACGUAGUCGUUAACUGGAGUAAAAUUCAAAACAUAUUAUCUUGCAGUGUUGUGUCUGUGAAUGAAAUCAUCAGAACUGUAUUACUGUCAAUUGUAAAACUCUUAUCUGUGUAAUAUCAGAAAAAAUCCUUUUAAAUGUGUUUUUAUUUAUUAGCAGUAACAUAUUUUAAAAUGAAUUCUGUAAAGCUGCCUUACCCGAGACAUCCUCCAAAGCACUGCCUGCUGUUGCUUUUGCUGCAGUCAAACCUAAGGUUUGUAAACAGUUUUGUGACACUUUACUUAAGGAUGAAACUGGCAGAUUUUUUUUUUCUUUCUCAUAUAAAUGUGUGAUAAUGCCAGAAA